AUGUCGAAUGAGGAGGCAGAAAUGGCGGUGCAGUCGUCGGAGAUGGUGGCUAUCGCGAAGGAGUUGCCAGAGCUGCAGGAGUCGCCGGAGCUGUCGGAGGUGAUGGAUAUCAUGUAUUGGAAAAGGCUUUUCCAGAUGAUUAAUGACGUCCCAAAUGUAUUUGAAGUUGUGACAGGAACUGUUAAGCAGGUAAAGGACCAAGCUACUGCUCCCAAUAACAAUGGCAAGAAUAAAUCUAGUGGGAGAAUGAACUCAUAUAGGAAGAAGAAACUGGUGUGCGAUGAAGAAGCCGCGCCACCAGCUGGGUUCUCACGCGCCGCAGCCUCUAAAGGAGAGCUUCUACUUUGUUUUAAUUAUCUUAUUCCUGCUGGAGAUUGCUGGAGCUCAAACUACAAGAAAUGCCACCGUUGA